AUGACAAGUCUCUUAAAAGUUGACAAAGUCAAAUAUCAAUGUAGUUGUGGCACAUUUAAGCCAUUAUGUUAUUUAUAUUUUUGUCGACAUUGUUUAAAAGUGAAAUGUAAAGAAUGUGUUAUAUUAGAGGUUGAUUGCCGCUUUUGUCCAAGUUGUUAUGAAAAUUUACAACCACAUGAAGCUAUUAAUCGUAAAAAUCGUUGUCAACAAUGUUUUAAUUGUCCAUGUUGUGGUCAUACACUCGUUACACGUGCAACAAAUACAGCAUCAUUGUCGGCAAAUACUUCAGCAACGGUUACAGAUCUUGAUGAAAGUAGUUUAUCGAGUACAAGUGUAAUGUCUGGUCAAGCAACACCAAGUAAAAAAGUUUACUAUUUGGCAUGUGGUUUUUGUCGUUGGUCAACACGUGAUAUUAAUUUGAACGAUCAAUUAACUAUUAAUUCAUGGAAACAACAAGAUAAUAUUCAUGAACAACGUUUUCAAGAGUUAUUAUUGUAUUAUAAACAAAUAGCGAACAAAGAAAAAUUAGAAAAAGAUCGAAAAAAAUAUACAACAUCAAAAGGUGGAUUGUUGUUACGUACAUCAAGUAAAACGGAUAAAUAUGGUUUAUUAACACCAUUGACCCGAAGAAGUAUUGGACUUCGUACAACAACACCGACUUCGUCGACUACAUCAUUAAGAGCAACAAAUACAGCGAAGCCAGUCGAUUCAUCCACAAUACAACCGAAACAAUCUACAGCUCUUGAAACAAUUACUCCAUUGGAAGACACAUUUUUUAAUCUUGAUCUAUCUAAAAUGACAACAAUGAAACAACGUUUAUCAUCGGUUGAGAUUCAACCGGUCUAUACCGAUGGUUUAUAUCCAAUAUCGAAACAUUUUACGUCAAAACAAUCAAAACGUUGUAAAGAAUGUGAUCAUAAUGUUUUAAAACCGGAACCAAGUCCGAAAGUGAUUAAAUUUAAACUUCAUCAAAUGGCCAUGUUUUUUAUACCUGAUAUUCGAAUAUGGUAUCAUCCAACAUGGGAUAGUAACAGAGAAAAUGUUUGUGUCUUAUCGAUUGUUAAUCAAUCCGACGAACAAAUAACACUGAAAUUAAUGACAAUUGAUGAUAUACUUAAAAAUGGUUCAUCAACAGGUAUCGAUGAAAUUAAAGUAGAUGAAAAGUUAUUAACAGCUAAACUUGAUUUUUCCGGUGGUAAUGAUACAAAUAAGGAAAAAAUUGUACAAUUACAUGCACAUAUCGAUAUGAAUGAAACGGAUUCAAAAUACGAUAAUGAAUUUAGAGAAAAUGAUGAUAAACAAUUUGUUAUAUGGAGAAAAUUCGCUAAAAUAGCUAUCAAGUGUACUGUUAAACCUCACAACGAAAAUGUUAAAAAUAUUAUCGCUGGAUUUGUUAUGGAACAUCGUGUUGUUGGUAUAUCAUCUGUUCAAACAUCUAUACAACCUGCACAACCAGAACAAAAUAGUAAAAUAAUUCGUCAUUUAGUUACUAUUGAUUUUGGUUCUAUAGAUGAACCAGCAUUAACAUUACAUUCAUCGUUAAAAGAAGGUCUGUGA